UCCCUCUAGGCUGAAAAGGUUUUUAUGAACACACUUCCAAUGAGAAUUGCCUGUUGGGGUUUCAGUAAAUGUUCCAUGAGCGGCUGCCGAUGGCAUUAUACGCGGCUGUGGCUUAAGGCGAAACUUUGUCACGAGAGCUUGCUCGCAAUGCAAGCUGAACAGGCGGCGGUAGGAGGUGUUUUUUUUUAGGCGGCGGUAAAACACUGGUAACCGGCCCUCGAUUGUGGGUCGAUACAAGAGAAAGGCUAUAAUCCGUAUAACAUAUCACAUCGCUAACACAGCAUUUAAGUUUAACACCAAUUUGAAUAUAUGCUGUCCUAUCGAGAGCCCAUGAAUGUUAUAGUGGGUCACAAGUUUGACUGCACAAUUGUCUUCCUCAAACAAAUACAACGGGGGAGAGUCUGUUUAUUGUGCUAGACUGAGUGCACAGGUGUCUGUUGCAGGACGCAAAAUCAGAUUAAGGGAGGCGAGAAAUAUUCAAAAAACAAAGACAGUAAAUAGAUGCGUGCAGGUGGGAUGAUAAUGCUGGUUCUAUUAGGAUUAACGGUCUCACAAAUGAUUGAUUUUGAUUCACAGCAGAAUUGCUAGACUGGUAAGGUUCAAAUGCAGUCAUGGCUGGCAGAACUAUCUUUUGCUUAUUGUGUGUUGUACUUUUCUGGUGGGUUUACUCAAAGAUUUCUGUCACAGAGUUUCCUUUCCAGUGGCAAACAAUUCGGGAGAUAGGUUCUAAAUUUGAUAAACCAGAAUUCGCACAUUCCGUCGGGAAGGCUCUCGGUUGCCAAGCCUCAGGUCACAAGACUCCUGAGUUGACGUAAACCUCAGAAAAUGCACGUGCUCUCAGUUCCAAAUUUGGAACAAGGUUCCUAAAUGACCAAUGAGACAUUCUCUGGUGCACGUGCAAAGUCAUCGCUACUGAACUUCGGCGGGAAAGUUCAGAGUGCGCGAUGUAAGGUUUAUAACUACCUCAAGAUCCUGUACAACCUGUCAAUAUCGCUGAACACCUUCAAAAACACAAUUAAUCAUCAGAAUUUCUCCCUGGUACAGCAAAGCUUUGAGGAUUCAGUGAUGGACUUGUUCGUCCGAAUUUUGAGCGACUAUGAUGCCAUAAAUGCAGCCAGACGUCUUUUAUACGAGGUGUAUAUUAGUGAGAUGGGCUGGGAUUUUCGUAGUGAUAGUCCGACAGGUUUUCGUAUCGAUAAAGACGACCAAAACAAACCUAUCCUUUGCGAUACUUUUGACGACUCAUCUGUUUGGUUUGGAGCGUACAAAGGAGAUAGCCUGAUCGGAGUUACCCGAGCAGUCCAACGGAACAACUCUUUAGGAAAGCUUGACCUUGAAUUGUACCCAGCCAGUCAACUACCGUCCAUGAAGAGAAUUCUCCGCCCAAAGGCUGACCAACCGUUAGUGGAAGUGCAACGAGGGGCGGUAGUCAAGGAUUACAGAAACACACAACCAAGCAUAAUCCAGCUGCUUCUUCAUUCCGCUUUUAGCUAUGCGCUCGAGAAAGGACUGAAUGUGGUUUGCCCAACAGUUUUCCCUGUGUUAGAGACAUUAUUUAGCCGAGCUGGGAUGCGGUUAGUGGAGAAAAAGUUUACAUACGGAGAGGGCUGUGAUGAAUGGCCCACCUACAUUUUCUACUGCUCCACAGAAGACAUGGCCCAAGUUGUAAACAAACUGAAGACAGCCGCAAGAAAAAGAAAAGCAAGCGUUUCACAAGAAAGAGGGCAUGCCAAGCGGGGAAGGUUUCUUGUAGUGUAAAUGUUUGUUUCAAAAAUGACGAUCGGUUAAAAGGUUAUGUUAUGAUUUUCAAUCAAUAACAAAGAUGUCGUGUGUAAAUUGUUGAAAAAAAGUUAGUUUUGAACAGGAGUGAUGAGCUCCUGGUUUUGAACCAAUGGGUUUAAUUUAAAACCAAAAUAUCACCAAGAAAUUUGGAAGGGAGGUGACUGGUAUUUUAAGAAUUUAUUUUUUGUACUUGGUUAUAAGUGUCAAUUCAGUGCAUAAGUUGUUGUAAGCUAUAUAAAUGACUUGGAAAAAUGUCGUAUGGGAGAUUUUUUGUGUGCGGUAACAAGCUUCUCUCCCCUACGAUGGAACCCGAUCUAACAAUAGUUAUGACUCUGGUGAAAACUAGAUUUCUUAUAAAAAAAAUUAUUUGCCAUGGCA